UUGUCUCUUUGGGCAUGAAUGGCAGAUGGCAAAGCAAUACGGAGACAUGUACACGGUGUGGUUGGGGCACAUACCUUUAGUUGUGCUGUCUGGAUUCGAAGCAGUGAAAGAAGCGGUGAUUAACCAUUCCGAAGACUUUGUUGACCGACCGCUGGGUGGUUUCCUUAUAGCCGUAGCCCAAAAAAGGGGUAUUGUAUUUUCAAAUGGUCACACCUGGAAGCAACAGAGAAAGUUUGGGCUGGUCACCAUGCGGAAGCUGAGACUGGGGAAGAAAGGCAUGGAGCCCCGGAUAGAAGACGAGGCCCAUCAUCUGGUUGAGAUUUUUGCACGUACAAAAGGGCAUCCUUUUGAUCCUUCCAUCCCCAUUGCUAAUUCGGUUUCCAACGUGAUCUGCGCUGUGGCUUUCGGACGUCGAUUUUCGAUUGAAGAUGAACAAUUCAUCACUUUGCUGGAAGCCAUUGGCUAUGCCGUGAGCUUCGGUGGGAGCUUUUUCCAUGGUUUGUAUAUACUUUUCCCAAGGCUCAUGGAACGUCUCCCAGGCCCCCACAAGAAGGUGCUUGCAUGUAUAGCGACUGUAAGAUCGUUUGCAAAGAAGGAGAUAGAAAAGCAUAAGGAACGAAGUGCUGAGCACGAUCCACAGGAUUUCAUUGAUUUCUAUUUACUUCAUUUGGAGAAACACAUGAAUGACCCCAACUCUACAUACGAUGAAGAGAACCUGGCUCAGUGUAUUAUCGACCUCUUUUUCGCAGGCACGGAAACUUCCUCCACUGCUCUGAAGUGGGCAUUGCUCCUCAUGGCGAAUCAUCCGGACAUCCAAGAGAAAGUCCAAAAGGAGAUGGAAGAUGUUUUGGGUUCCUCUCAGUCAUUCAGCUAUCAAGAUCGAAAGAGAUUGCCUUACACCAAUGCUGUGAUUCAUGAGAUCCUGCGUGCCCACUAUGUCUUGUUAGUUGGGGUCCCCAGAAAAUGUGUGAAGGAUGUGAACAUGUUUGGUUUUCUCAUUCCCAAGGGAGCACAUGUUGUUCCAGAUCUCCGUUCUGUUCUUCUUGAUCCCAAACAAUGGAAGAAACCUCAGGACUUCAACCCUAACCAUUUUUUGGACCAGGAUGGAAACUUUGUAGAAAGAGAAGCAUUUCUUCCAUUUGGUGCAGGGGCCCGUGCGUGUCUGGGGGAGCCGCUAGCCAGGAUGGAGCUCUUCAUCUUCUUUACUAGCCUCCUGAGGGCAUUCACCUUCCAGCUGCCAGAAGGAGUAAAAGAACUCAGCACAAAGCCUAUAGUUGGGGCAUCGUUGCGCCCCCAUCCUUACAAACUCUGUGCUGUUCCCCGCUGCAGCGCAUCGUAAAAUGUUUGAGUUCCACAUUUGUUACUCUCAGUUUCUCCAUUAUUCCUUUCAUGGAGUCCUGAUUUUGCUCCAACCUGCUGUAUCCGUUCUGUUUUCAAUUUAUCUGCCAGAGUUUGAUGGAUGUCUUCUCAAGAAGGAAUUCCUGACUUCUGACUUUGUUACUAUUGCGCAGCAUAUAAUCUUAUUUCUGGUUUGAUGCCUUCAAACCAGUAAUCAGCACAGGCAGCCUGCUGGAAAUGUAAAGAGGAGGAAGGCUCUUUCAAUCGUAUGUGGUGGACUUGUAAAAAAGCAAGACAAUUCUGGAAAGAAAUCCAUGAGGAGUUGCAGAAAAUUUUAAAAAUCCAAUUUGAAGCGAAACUAGAGACGAUGUUACUAGGAAUUUUACCAGACAGGAUGGAACGCACACUUCAAAAACUGUUGAGAUUGAUAUAUGUUGACUGCAGCUAGAAUAGCGGCUGCAAAGUGUAAAGUCAAAGAAUGUUCAAACAAAGAAAGUUUGAAAGACAGAAUGGUGGAAGAUGUGACUAUGGCCAAAUUAACCACCCAUAUAAAUAAGAGGUUGAGAGAAUUUGAGCCCCGUGGUACAGAGUGGUAAAGCUGCAGUACUUCAGUCCUAAGUUCUGCUCACGACCUGAGUUCAAUCCCAGCGGAAGCUGGGUUCAGGUAGCCAGCUCAAGGUUGACUCAGUCUUCCAUCCUUCCGAGGUCGAUAAAAUGAGUGCCCAGCUUGCUAAGGGGAAUAUGUAGAUGACUGGGGAAGGCAAUGGCAAACCACCGGAUAAAAAGUCUGCCAUGAAAACAUGAAAGCAACAUCACCCCAGAGUUGGAAACGACUGGUGCUUGCACAGGAGACUACCUUUACCUUUUAGAGAAUUUGGAAAAAAAAAUGGGAAAAUUACUAUGCUUACUAUAAGUAAAGGGGGAAGAACUGCAAAAUGAAUAUAACAAUAUAUUUCCAGGAGAAAAAUACAAAACAUAACAUUAUUGACAUACAAAUGUAAUUCUGGAUCAUUUGCUUGUUGCACAAAAGAAUGUAUCAGUUUACAAAUGCUUCAAAGUCUUAGAAAACUGGUUUAAACUUUAAUAAUCAAAAUACGAUGAACUAUGAGAAUGAUAGUAAUGGUGAAGAAAAUUAUGAUAACGAUGAUAAUAAUAAUAGAAUUUAGGAAAUAAUGCUAUUAAAUUGUGUUUGAGUAAGAUAUUAGAAGACUGGAUUUGUAAUAUUAUGAAACUAAUUGAAUGCUUCAUAGUGUUAUCUGGCUGAAAUUGUAGUUAUAGAAGGGGAGAUCUCUAGUGUAUGAAUAAGGGAGGGAGAAAAUGCAAAAUGAAUUUAACAUCAUAUCUGGAAUAAAAAGAUAACAGUGGAACCAAGGAAAUAAUGUAAUCUAAUUAUGUUUAAGAGAAAUCAAAAUGUUAGCAGACUGAUUUGCAAAAAUAUGACAAUAAUUGAAUGUACUGACAGUGUAUAGUAACAGCUGCAUUGAAAUUGCAAUUGUAGAAGGGGGCACUUAUGUAUAUUCAUAUUUUGCUAUUUACUAGUUUCUAUUUUAGUCUCUUGCUUUUUUUCUCUAUUUCUUUUUUCUAAGUUGUAAAAUCAAACAAAUAUUCAGUACAGGAUUCUCAUGACAUGGGGAUUUCAAAAGUGCCCAAGAUCUCUGCCUAAUGUGCUUUGUGACUUCUUUCCUCUCUUUGGACAACAGAUAUGAAAUUGAGUUUAUGAACUGAUAUCUGAUCAACAAAACUCUAAUUAAGAGGGAAUUAAAAUAGCUUCUUGCAAUUGAUUCUAAUGUAGUUUAUACAAACUAACUCAGGGUCUUCAGGGUUUUGUUUUUUUAAUGAGACCACAAAUCGGUGAACAGAGUGAAAUCUUCUAAGGCAUCCAAUAAACGUAUGAAUGCAUUGCCUGACGUAACACUUGAAAUAUUGAGAACCCAUAAAUGUCAAGCAGUGUUUCAUACGAUCAUAACUGUCUAUGUUUAUCAUGAUAUAACUGUUAUACUGUACCUGUUACUAACCCUGAGUUCAAGCUGAGGCACAUCAAAGCAAUAGAGUUAGCUGGCGCCCCUCCCUGUACCUCUCUCACCUUUACUAACAAAUGCAGGAAUGUGCUCUUUGAAGAUAACGCCUCCAGGGACAUUUUCCCAGGCCUAGCCUGGACCCAGGAAGAAUAACCGCAGGGAGAUAAGAGAAAGUACUAUGUGACUUUUCACACGUGAAUACAAGACUGUUUAGCAAUUGUAGCUUUGUUUAUAGAACCUUUGAUGUGCCAUCUUUAAAAUAUGCAUUCUGCUGUUACACUGUAUCAGUUCCAAUACUUGGCUCAAUAGAAGCACAUGGAUUAUCAAUAAAGCUAUACUUUGUUUCAA